CCGCCUUCCUGACCUCCCGUCGCCAGCGCAUAUCGAUCAGACUCACGCGAUACCCAGCGUAUCUACUUGAGGCUCCGGGAUUAGCAUUCGCCCAAGACUGGCAGAGCAGCGCCUCUGAACAGCCUAUUCACAAACUGGAGCGUCGAUUCAAGCAGCCGUUGGUCUGCCUCCCACUAUGCCCGUCAAUCGCGCGGCCGACGCCCCUCGGCAUCGGUUUAUUGCCGCUGUGAGCUUCGGCUCUCUUGUCGCAGCCGAGAUCGCCCACUUUGCUAGCUACUGCAUUGGCAGCGGAAGCCUGCCCGGGCUGGUCCCGCUCGGACUGUGGUUCACGGUGUGGCUAGUGUAUGCCACCGUGAUCUACCAAGCUCGUAUCCCGCUACUGCACUUCAACCUGACCACCAUCAGCUUGAUGUACAUUGGCAUGGCGAUCCUGACAAUGAGCAUUGCCGGCGUCACGAAAUCCCGCUUCUGCUGGAGAGGCGAGGUCGAAUUCGAUGAGAUGGUAUCUCCGGCAUCUCCGUUCUCGAUCCUUGGAACUGAGCACAUCAAGGGACACCAUCGAGUCAACCUGCUCAAGCCAACGCAGGCCAAGAUGAACAAGGAUAAGCACACCUUUUGUUUGACCAACGAGACAGGAUACAACACCGCACGCAUUCCCAUCUUUGUCCGCGGCCAGGGCGAUCCCUGGAGGGUAGAUUACGAGGUCUAUGGCCCCGACGGCUCGUUUGCGCUCCGCCAGGACGCCAAGCUCAUCACAAUCGACGAGCCCGCCAUCAGCUCAGAUAAAAAGACAAAAAAGGGCACGUAUUACAUCGAGGUCGAUCGAGUCGGUGUCUACCGACUUCUCGAGAUCCGUGAGGCCAGCGGGAAUAAGGGCAAAGUCUACUUGUCCUUCGCGACUGUCGUCGAGUGUCCGUCGGCGGUGUGGUUCAACGUGGACCGCAUCGAUCCGCACCAAUGCUACGGCAAUGUCCUGGAUUACAACGUCAAGGUGAUCGGUGUCCCGCCGCUCACCGUGAGCUACGCCAGCCUCAUCGGCCCCGAACACAAGAUCCUGACCGUCGAGGGGCUGGACGUGCCUCCGGAACAGCAGCCCGGGGAGAACCAGACGGUCCCCGAAACCAUCGAGGCCAAGAUCCAACAUGCCGUGGCCCUGUCCAAGCCCAAGGAGAUCGUCAUACCCAUCGACAUGAAGCUCAACAAAGAGCUUCCGCACUCCUUCAACAUUCUCAACGUCACUGACGGAUUUGGAAACACAUAUGUCUACAGCGACAUUGACGGCGAAGUUGAUGCCGCCAAUGCUGCUGACAUGCCCCUCGGGCGCCCGAAUCGCACCUGCGUUGCCGGUCGGCGCAUCCGGGAUGCUUUUGACGUCGAUGUGCAUGGCGCCCCCAAGGCCCAGUUCAUGGACUGUGCUUCCAACCUGCGGAUCAUCCCCGGAGUCCGCGACCAGGUCAAUCUCAAAAUCAAGCUCGAGGGCUCGGGCCCAUGGACCUUGUCGUAUGCUUCGACAGACUCGUACGACGCCAUUUCCAAGAUCCCCCCGGAGGACGAAAUUGUCAUAACUUCAACCUCGGAUGUCGUCGUUGUCCCAGUGGCGCGCUCGGGUGUCUAUGCACUGCGAUCUAUCCGUGACAAGUACUGUCCGGGCGACUUUGGCCGCGCCUCGGUCUGUAUGAUCGAGCAGACGGUGCCACCUGCAGCCGAAAUCAGAUCCGAAGCUAUACUACACUCAUGUAUCGGCGAGGUCGGAGCGCUGGUCAAUAUCUCGCUGACGGGCCUGCCCCCGUUCUGGAUCACCUAUGAGCAAGUGUUCAACGGGAUGCCCGAAGUCAAGCGCAUCAGUAUUCCAAACUCCCGCCACCAGAUUGAGCUCAAGCCCUCGGUCCCUGGAUCAUACGAGUACCGGUUCCUUAAGGUUGGCGACCAAAAUUACGAAGCCGGCGUGCCCAUUGAGGAUGCUGCUCCCAUCACCCAGACCAUCCAUCCCCAAUCCACAGUGGAGUUUGCUCCCGCCCAGCCUCAAAAGGUGAAAAAGUGCACUGGCGAUAUGGUCAAGGAAGAAAUCGAGCUCACCCUGGGCGGCGAGGGCCCAUGGAAUAUCGUAUACGAAGUCAUGUACGAGAACCAAAAGCAGCGCCACGAGCUCAAGGGUGUUCGCGAUCGCCAAGCGUUCAUCGGCCUCGGCAAGCUCGACAGCGCCGGCACCUACGUGAUCGAGUUAGUCGAAAUGGUCGACAAGAACAACUGCCCAGGUAUCCUCAAGCCAAAGUACACGGUCUCGGUGGAGGUCUUGGGCCAGCGCCCAACGAGCUUCUUCAACUGCAUGAAGCCCCUUCCUCUGCUUGAAGGCUCCACUGUCAAGAUCCCCAUUCAGAGCAACGGCGGCAGAGGCUCUCCUUACACGGUUCGAUAUGCCCGACGAGAUGCGCAGGACAAGAUCUUCGAGGCCAAAGUGAAGCCGAGCUCGUUUAUCGAGGUCGACACCCCCGGCGUUUGGGAGCUGCUCAGCGUCAAGGAUGAGUACUGCAGUGGCGUUGUAAUCAAUCCUAAGGAGUGCUCCGUUCAAACGGUCGAGAAGCCAAAGCUCCUGAUUCCGGCCGACCAGUACAAGGCGGACGGCGCUGCACCCUAUGUCCUCGAUGCGGUUUGCCAGGGCGACAGCGAUGCCAUCGAGGUGACUUUAUCCGGCAACCCACGCUUUGCUGUCCACUACAGCCAUCAAAGUCCAGACCAUUCCGACUGGGACCAGCUCUCGGCCGAGUUCAUUACGCGCAACGGCCGCAUCCGUCUUUCGACGGAAGCGUCGGGUCUUCACACCUACCAAUUCACUGGCAUCACCGACGACAACUACAAGCAAAAGAUCCCAACCCUGCGCACCGAUGGCGGCGAGCUUGUGCUCCAGCAACUCGUUCUUGACCGACCGCGGGUGACCUUCCCGGAUGGCAAGGAAAAGGUGUUCCCGUUGAUUGGAGGCGACAAGAACGCCGAGUUUGUAGAAAUCGAGUUCUUUGGCCAGCCGCCGUUCAGCGCCGCAUUUGAAAUCCAGGAAGGUCGCAAGGUUCCAUUUACGGACCGCAUCGACGGCAUUGAGACGCACAAAUACCACUACCGGCCUCGCAUCUUCGACAGUGCGGGCAAAUACAAGAUCCGGGCACUGGAGGUCGGAGACUCGACAAAGUGCGACAGCAAGCAGGAAGACUCGAGCUCGAUCGAAGUCAUCGUCUACAAUAUGGCCAAGAUCCGACCAUUCUCGUUGGAAGGUAUCUGCCUGACCGAGUCCAUUGUCUAUUCGCUCGAAGGAACACCGCCAUUCUGGAUCCACUACAGCAUCAACGAUGGACCUGAAUCGAUCGUGGUCGCUCGCGACGAUGUGCUGAAGCUCACCCCGACCGAGGCCGGCCGCCUGAAGAUCAUCAAGCUUUGCAUACACGACGACAAAAGCUGCACCUUCCCGAACGACAUUGUCCACGACAUUUAUCAAAUCCCGACCGUUGUUAUGACCGAGGGCGACACAGAUCUCCGUGAAGGCGACGAGGCGGAAAUCCGCGUCAGCCUCACUGGCGUCCCACCGUAUUCGUUCACAUAUACGGUCGACUCUUCCCAGGACUCGGUCACGAUCGAGAGCGUCACGAACAGCUAUUACGAUAUCAUCACCACUCAGGGCGGCCUGUUCACUGUUGUCGAUGUCAAGGACAAGUACUGCGGCGUUCGCAGGACAGCCCGAGGCGAGGAGACGAUCUACUCCAACCGGCGAUCGUACAGUGCUGCUGCUGGCAACGACACUUGACACAUCAGCAAACGGGACACCUUCCAUGUCAGCGUAAUAUGAGAUGGCCCGCGUCUAGCAAAGCCAUAUGCAAUGAAAUCCCCAAUCGACUUGCAUGCAGUGACCAUGCUCCAAACCCUCGUCCAUUCCCAUAACCAAAAACAAUCUCACACACCA